GCAGAAGAGUGGAGCCCGAUCGAGCCGCAGUGUCUCUUCCCUCUUCCCCGAAUCCUCUUAAAACUCCCUCCCGAACCUCUCCCCUUCCACCCUUGCCACCCUUACCCUCCCCCGAACACAUUUCAAGGGACGGUUCGGACUUAAAACCUGUGACCAAAGAUUCUUCUUGGCUGGUCUAGUUUUUGGAUUCUGCUGCAGCUAUGGACUCUGGUGUGGUUGAAGGAGGACUUAAUGUCACCUUAACUAUUAGAUUACUCAUGCACGGGAAGGAAGUUGGAAGCAUCAUUGGCAAGAAAGGAGAGUCUGUUAAGAAAAUGAGAGAGGAGAGUGGUGCCCGAAUUAACAUCUCAGAGGGGAACUGUCCAGAGAGAAUUAUCACCUUGGCAGGACCCACAACGGCCAUCUUUAAAGCCUUCUCCAUGAUCAUUGAGAAGCUAGAGGAGGACAUCAGCAGCUCAAUGACAAACAGUACGGCCACCAGCAAACCUCCAGUCACUCUGCGCAUUGUUGUGCCUGCUAGCCAGUGCGGCUCACUUAUCGGCAAAGGUGGCUGCAAGAUCAAGGAAAUCAGAGAGUCGACAGGAGCUCAGGUACAGGUAGCAGGGGACAUGCUGCCCAACUCAACAGAGCGUGCCAUCACUAUUGCAGGGACCCCACAGUCCAUCAUCGAGUGUGUCAAACAGAUCUGUGUCGUCAUGCUCGAGUCUCCUCCAAAGGGAGUGACCAUCCCUUAUAGACCCAAACCCUCAGGCUCUCCUGUCAUCUUUGCAGGUGGUCAGGCAUAUGCUGUCCAAGGACAGCACGCCAUUCCACAGCCUGAUGUAAGUGAAGGUCCCUCUCUCACCAAACUUCACCAGCUGGCCAUGCAGCAGAGUCCCUUUCCCAUUGCACCUAGCAAUCAGGGCUUCCAGGCUGGGAUGGAUGCUUCUGCACAAACUGGCUCGCAUGAGCUGACCAUUCCAAAUGAUCUGAUUGGCUGCAUUAUUGGCCGUCAGGGCGCGAAGAUCAAUGAGAUUCGUCAGAUGUCAGGGGCUCAGAUCAAGAUUGCCAACCCUGUGGAGGGCUCGACUGACAGACAGGUCACCAUCACUGGUUCUGCUGCCAGUGUCAGCCUGGCUGAGUAUCUGAUCAAUGCCCGGCUCUCCUCUGAAGCUACUGGGUUGGCAGCCAACUGAUAAGGAAGAUCUUCAUCAGCACCUAACGUUACCCACCCCCCUUCCUCCUACUUUUUACCAAGAGGUCCCUUACUGAAUUUAAUGCAAAAACCAAGUACUCUGAACUCACCGUUUUCUCCUUUCCUUUGGUUCAAUACCUACUCAGCUGUAAUUACAUCAUCAAUUUAUUGGUAUUUUAUUUAUUUAUUAUGUUUUAAAAUUCCCUCUGCUUAUAGUUUUUAAAAAUAUUUUCCUCUGUAUUUUUUCCUUUUGCUGUAUAUCCUUAUGAACCUAUUGAUAUAGCUGAACAGUUUUGGAAAAAUCUAUGAGGCAUAAAUUGUGUUUUUUAUGUCAGAUUUUUCUUAGAAAAUGUAAAAAUGAAGAAAAAAAGACCCAAUAACAUUAUAGACUGUUCUAGCCCUCAUUAAAAUAUCUAUUUAUUUUUUAUUUAAUAAGAAACUCCUUGUGCUAGAAUUCUCAUUUGCCAUUUGCUACCUAAAGCAGUACAUCCAGAAUGAGGCAUUAUGGGUAAUUGAGAUACAUGGGUGUACGCUUGAAGAUUUGGGGGAGGGGGGGUUAAUUUAGAAAGUAAUUUAAAUGCCUCCCUUUUAAAGUGGGAGUCUAAAGGAAAAUAAUAAGCUGCAUUAUGUUUCACCUCUAAUUUUCUGUGUAAUCUUUUUGUCAUUCCUGUUUCCAUUCGUUUCAUUUGUCAUCAAUCAGGACGUUUAAGCAUUGUUGUGUAUUGGAUUCUGAUAGGGUGGGUGGGCCUUGGGUCACCUGGGGCGGGCCUGACUGAGGGGAAAAAUAUUUUCUUUUCUUUGAAAUUACUAAGAUGACGAUGAUGAUGAUAACAUUGAAAUGUUUGUUUUAAAAUAGAGAAAAUAUUUUUUUUAACUGCAGGGCUGGGAAAUGCUGCAAGGGGCAAAUUAAGAGACAUAUUGGUCUUGAUAUAAGUAUAUCGUGCUGAGGUAUUAAAUUAAGAUUAACUUGGAGAAUUCUAGAAUUAACACUAGUUUCCUGCUAUCCUUUUUGCCUGGGUCAGAUUUUAUUUUUUAUUAUUCUUUGCAGGAUGAAGAAACUCACGUUUUUGUGCACGUUUUCCAACUAUUGUAGAUUUGGGUGCAAUUGAAUUGUUGAACAUAAAUACAGAAAUAAUUAAAAAAAAAAAGAUGUGAAAUGCUUAAA